CACACAGGUAAGCUGUUCCCCAGUCACGGUGACGUCACGGGGAUGGGCAGGUCACGUGGUGACCGAGAGCAACCUGUGGUGUAACGUUACUGAACACAGAGGAAUUAAGGAAGAAGGAGAGAGUGAGGAAAGAAAGGAAGCGAACAAGGUGAAUCCUUGGUAAAACCCUGCAUUCAUACCAGGUUUGCAUUCUGACCUGCAGACCAAUGUAAGUCGUGUUGAGUGACUGCGUGUGAAAGGGACCACCACUACCCCCAUGUCUUAUGGAGGAGGCUUUCAAGGACACUCUGAGCGUGUCCACUACGACCAAGUGCCACAUGGCUCCUUACCCCGAGAGGACUGGUUCAAUGUGCAGCCGCUGAGGGAGCAGAGAGCUCCUGGUUUGGCCCAGAGUGCGGACCCCCUCCCGCCUCCACCUCUGCCGGAUCAUCCUCCUGUGGGUCCUGAGGUUGAUCCCAGUGGCAGUGAGCACAACGGCGAACCAGAACACGACCCGGCCAUUGACAUCAAACCAGUCCAUCGUUUCAUCCCCGACUCCUGGAAGAACUUUUUCAGAGGAAGCAACCGCAGCAGCAACAAGCCGUGGGUCAUGCCCGCGUCCUCGUACAACAACAACAGCACCAGCGAGGGUGUUCGAUGCUCUCCUCCGCACUCCCCCUCUGUUCCUGGAUCCUACCGGGAUCCGUACGGCGGCUCAGGCGGCAGCUACAACUCCAGGAAGGAGCUCCUGGAAGUGCAGGAAUCUGAGUCAGGGCGCACGUACCGCACGGGGCUGACCUACAGUGAGCGCGUGGAGGAGUACCAUCAGCGCUACUCCUUCAUGAAGUCGUGGGCUGGACUUCUGAGGAUUCUGGGUUGUGUGGAGCUCCUGCUGGGAGCUGCUGUGUUUGCCUGUGUUUGUGCCUACGUCCACAAAGACAAUGAGUGGUUCAACAUGUUUGGAUACUCGUCUCCCGGUGGAGCCUACGGUGCAGGUUUCUAUGGUGCGGGCACUGGUGGGACCUACUAUACUGGCCCCAAGACUCCCUUUGUGUUGGUGGUGGCAGGGCUGGCCUGGCUGGUCACCGUGAUAGUGUUGGUGCUGGGGAUGACCAUGUACUACCGCACCAUCCUCCUGGACUCCAACUGGUGGCCACUGACUGAAUUCGUCAUAAAUCUGGCUCUGGCAGUGCUCUACAUGGCAGCAGGUGGGUUACAGGACCAGAAGAACACGGCUACUAUACCUGAAUAAUUAGUCAAAUUAGUCAAAUUAAUUAAGCACUGACAGGCUACUGGACCAGCCAGCAUUAGGAAGAAGAAUGGUUGUCUGUGUAACAAAAUAUAUUAGCAUUCAAAUGUGAAAGAGCUACUUGUUUGUUUAAUAUCCUCUUUUUGCAUUGUAAACAGCAGUGGCUGUUCCUGGUCUGUGAACCAGAAGUCUAGUUAAUCUGGUUUAUAUUGUAGGUAUAUUUACUCUAUAGGUCUAGAACAUAAGAGUGUAUCAAAACAAAAAU